AUGCGAGAUAUAACGUGCCAGAAUCUUACCCGUCUGAUUGGCGUGUGUCCAGAAACGAACAACGUUUGUAUCCUCACCGAGUAUUGCUCUAGAGGAAGCCUACAGGACAUACUACAGAACGAAGCCAUGCAACUUGAUUGGGAUUUCAAACUGUCCCUUAUCAACGACAUCGUCGAGGGCAUGCAUUACUUGCACACUACUGGUAUAGGCGUGCAUGGACGACUGACCAGUUCCAGAUGCGUGAUUGACAGCAGGUUUGUCCUCAAAAUAACCGGGUUCGGUCUCAAUUUCAUCAACGAAGUACAUGCGAAGAAACAGCACGUGGAAAACAUGAACGUUAGUUUACCAGAGCUGCUAUGGAUGGCUCCGGAACAUCUCCGAUUGUAUCCACCGCGACAGAUCUCCCAAUCAGGAGAUGUGUACAGCUUCGCAAUCAUUUUAUACGAGAUGUGCACGAGAACGGAACCUUACACCGCCGAGAUCUGGUACCAAUCUAUAGAUGGUGAGUUAGACGUCAGCGGAUCACACAACGUGUUGGACGUUCUCCUGAAGCGAAUGGAGCAAUACGCCAACAAUUUGGAAGGUCUUGUCGAGGAGAAGACACAAGCGCUCCAAGAGGAAAAGAAACGACCUGAGGAGCUCCUCUAUCAAGUAUUGCCAAAGAGCGUUGCAAUUCAGCUCCGAUUAGGGAAUUCCUUAAAACCGGAAUCCUUUGACAGUGUUACGAUAUAUUUCUCGGAUAUCGUCGGCUUUACGUCAAUUUCAGCAGUGAGCACUCCAUUUCAGGUGGUUGAGUUCUUGAAUGACCUUUACACAUGUUUUGACAGUAUCAUCGAACAUUAUGAUGUUUACAAGGUGGAAACUAUCGGCGACGCCUAUAUGGUCGUUUCCGGGCUUCCCGAAAGAAACGGCAUUGGUCACGUGCGGCAGAUUGCCCGGAUGUCACUGACAAUACUGAGUAACGUGCGGCAGUUCGUGAUACGACACAUGCCAGAAACCCCGCUUAAGGCUCGGAUAGGACUUCAUUCUGGCCCAGUGUGCGCGGGAGUAGUUGGUCGUAAGAUGCCCCGCUACUGUCUCUUCGGGGAUACGGUCAACACCGCCAGUCGAAUGGAGUCUAACGGAGAAGCAAUGAAGAUACAUAUCAGCGACGAAACUCAGCAGCUGCUAAAGACGUUUAAUACGUUCGUACUCGAAGAACGGGGAACUAUUGAGGUUAAGGGAAAGGGUUCCAUGACGACGUACUGGUUGGUCGACGAGAUUACAUCACACAACGAUUGAUUUGCUCUUCGAAUGUCAUUUUCAUUACGGUGAAGCGAUACGUUCAGAUGCCUUUAGUGAUGACGAAAUUUAAUCAUGCCAUCUGCAAUACUUUGCGACCAUUUCACUAUUUGUUUUGUAUGUUGUUUUGGUUUAUUUAGAAUUUAAAUGUUCGUUGUUUUUUAUAUGCGGUUAUUUAUAUUAUACAAUAGGUAGACAUGCGUCCAUGGAGGUUGACUUUGUUUAAGUUGGUAUCAAUUACUGAGCAAACGUCGUCCAAUUCGAUUUUCACAAAACGAGGACGAACCUGUUCAAUUUGCCUUUUAAUCUUUUAUUGCUUAUUACUUUAACUGAAAACAGUGUUUGUGCUUCCCUCUGUUAUUUUUUCAAUAUCGUUCACAUAGGAAAAAUAGUAAGUGAAAGUAAUAUAAUUCUUACUUAUGAAACCUUUGAGAAAGUUGAUGUUUAUAUAUAAUUUUCUCUCAAGGCACACAUUAUUUGUGAACUUGUACAGUAACAUCAGGCAAAAAUCACGAAUCUUGAUUUUAACGAGCUGUUAAAACUAUAACUAUUUAUUUAUGACAAACUAUUUGAUUUGUCUAACGUGACCUUUUAAGUAUAUUAUCAUAUGGGACUAACUUUCAUAAAAUAAUCAAAGCUCAUACAUAUUGUCUUUUACAAAAUACAUAUAGUAUGUAAGUUUGGUAUGUCUACCAAACUUCAAAUAACUUAA